AGGCGUCGUGGCCCAGCCCGCCCCGCCUUAGCUCCCGCGCUAGAGAGAAACAUGUAUCGUUUCCGCUCACAGCUCUUCACGGGGAUUUCUGCUGCUGCCACCGCCCACUCGUACCCCCGCCGCUUCUCGCCUCUGUUGUUAGCCGAAGACUCGCCUCUUAGCCGCCCGCCGCACAGACGCACGAGUAAAAAGUGCAGCUCCAUCGGCUGAUCCUCGCUAAGCUCCGAGUUUAGGCGGCACCGGGCGUCCCACGAUGCCGAAGAAUAAGAAGCGGAACACUCCCCACCGCGGUGGCAGUGGUGGCAGCGGCUCAGGGGCAGCUGCAGCGACGGCGGCGACAGCAGGUGGCCAGCAUCGAAAUGUUCAACCUUUCAGUGAUGAGGAUGCAUCGAUUGAAACAAUGAGCCAUUGCAGUGGUUACAGCGAUCCUUCCAGUUUUGCCGAAGAUGGACCAGAAGUCCUUGAUGAAGAAGGAACUCAAGAAGACUUAGAGUACAAAUUGAAGGGAUUCAUUGAUUUGACCCUGGAUAAGAGUGCGAAGACAAGGCAGGCAGCUCUUGAAGGUAUUAAAAAUGCACUGGCUUCAAAAAUGCUUUAUGAAUUCAUUCUGGAAAGAAGAAUGACUUUGACUGACAGCAUUGAACGCUGCCUGAAAAAAGGGAAGAGUGAUGAGCAGCGUGCGGCUGCAGCAUUAGCAUCUGUUCUUUGUAUUCAGUUGGGCCCUGGAAUUGAAAGUGAAGAGGUUUUAAAGACUCUUGGACCAAUCCUAAAGAAAAUAAUUUGUGAUGGAACAGCUAGUAUCCAGGCUAGGCAAACCUGUGCAACUUGCUUUGGUGCUUGCUGUUUUAUUGCUACAGAUGACAUUACUGAGCUGUAUUCAACUCUGGAAUGUUUGGAAAAUAUCUUCACCAAGUCCUAUCUCAAAGAGAAAGACACUAAUGUUAUUUGCAGCACCCCUAAUACAGUGCUUCAUAUCAGCUCUCUUCUCGCAUGGACGUUAUUACUGACCAUAUGCCCAAUCAAUGAAGUGAAGAAAAAGCUUGAGAUGCAUUUCCAUAAACUUCCAAGCCUCCUAUCUUCUGAUGAUGUCAACAUGAGAAUAGCUGCUGGUGAAUCUUUGGCACUUAUGUUUGAAUUGGCCAGAGGGAUGGAGAGUGACUUUUUUUAUGAAGACAUGGACUCUUUGACUCAGAUGCUUAGGGCUUUGGCUACAGAUGGAAACAAGCACCGUGCCAAAGUGGACAAGAGAAAGCAGCGUUCGGUGUUCAGAGAUAUCCUGAGGGCAGUGGAGGAACGGGAUUUUCCAACAGAAACUGUUAAAUUUGGCCCUGAACGAAUGUAUAUCGAUUGCUGGGUCAAAAAACAUACCUAUGACACCUUUAAGGAAGUUCUUGGAUCGGGGAUGCAGUAUCAUUUGCAGUCAAAUGAAUUCCUUCGUAAUGUAUUUGAACUUGGACCCCCGGUGAUGCUUGAUGCCGCAACACUUAAAACAAUGAAGAUUUCUCGUUUUGAAAGGCACCUGUAUAACUCUGCAGCCUUCAAAGCUCGAACGAAAGCUCGAAGCAAAUGUCGAGAUAAGAGAGCAGAUGUUGGAGAAUUCUUCUAGAUUUUCAGCACUUGGAAGACCACUUUCUAAUUUUUUUUUUUUUUUGUAAUUUCUUAUUAUUUAAACUAGAGACAGUUUUAAUCUUGGGUCAGCAUAGAUAGCUUUUGUAGCAGGGGUUAUAUUAUAAUUUAAUGUACAGUAUUGCAAAUGGUGAGUUCCGAUUAUUGAAUAUUCUUUGUAAAUCAUUAAACAUAAAGUGUAAUGUUUGAUCAUUUUCUAUUUAUGAAGAGAGCAAAAAUAUGGUAUUUCACUUGAUUUCAUAAUGGGGAAAACUACCCAAGGUUAAGUUUCUCAUACUGUGGUUGUCCAAAAAUAUUGAUUAUAGUGAUGUAAAUACACAAGGUAUAUUUAACUUAAUACAAGGUAUUUAACUUAAGAUGUUAGGUGAGUUCUGGGUACAGUUUUGGGAGCUAGUUCUUCUGGAAAAGAAGAAAUAAUAAAAUAAUAAAAUUACUUUAAUUUUUAAA